GCUCCUUUCGAAUGUUAAUGCUUUCUUGAAGAUGAUUUCAGACACACUGCUAGGAUACUGCCUCUACUCACUGAAGCAGAAUCCUCUGAAGAGUUGCUGAGGCAGAACCAGAAUCAUGGCUCGCCACAAAGCAGCAGCCGUAUUGGCCGCUAACAACGCCUCACACAGAAAGACGAUGUUCCUUUAACUCGGGGGUUUUAAUGGGAAGUUUCUAAGCCUGAAACAACGGCUUGAGAUCUGGGGUGUGCCAUUAGCUGCUUGCAGCUGCCACUGUCUCCUGCCUCAACCCAGCCUGGUCGGGAAGAAUGGAAACUAAAGAGGCUUGUAACUACCUGUAACUGUUCCACUGGGAAAUGGAUCAAGUCUUUGUUCAGCCAGAUUCAGAUAACUCAGCGUCUCCACGGGGCAGCCACCAUGAUCUCAGCAGACUGAUGAUGGGAGAAAAGGAAACUGGGAGAUCCCAUUCUUCUGCUUCUCUGGACGAUGGAUGGAGGACAGCCUGUUCCUUCACCCCUAGUGCCCCUUGAGAACGCAUCAGCAGAUUCUAGCAUGUCUCUGGAGCAAAAAACCACAUUUGUGUUUGUGAUUUUGUUGUUCAUUUUCUUGGGCAUCCUCAUUGUCAGGUGCUUCCGGAUCCUUCUGGACCCAUAUCGGAGCAUGCCGACCUCAACCUGGGCUGAUGGACUUGAAGGGCUGGAGAAGGGGCAGUUUGACCAUGCCCUUGCUUAGCAGAGGGGAGGCAGGAUUCCCCUCCUGAAAGGGGGAAGUGUGGCAUGUCUUGGUAAGGAAUUCUCUUUAGUCAAUGUUCUCAACAAACUAAGUUUUAACAGCACCUUGUCCUAGACCUCCCUCAUUUAUUAAACAUGCUGUUCAGUUAAAAGCAUUUGAAGGGUAUUAGAGAUGAAGGUUUAUAACACUCUCCUAAAAUAGGAAGCCUUGGAUUUCCAUGUUGACUCAGUGAAUGAAUACUGCUGAACGUGUGCGAUGGUGAAAGCAAGAGCAUCAGCACUGACACAAACUUUGCCAUAAAAUGAGGCCCUCUCCCACCCAACCAGAGAAUGAAGAAUGGAAAGGAUCUGAAGCAAAUCUGGUCUCAGCACCAUGAAGAGGCUUUCUUGUUCUGAGUGUGUUCUCAGUUGGCUUAUUUACAUGGGAAUCUGGGUUCUGGGCAAAGAGACUGGGUUGAGUGAACCUGGGGGAGCCUUGGGAAGCCAGGGGGUGGGGGGCGCUUAGCACAGAUGGUUCCAUCCCUGGAAAAGAUGAGUGAUGUUGAUCUCAUUUUAUUUCUCAAGUACAACUGAAUUCAGAGGCUUAUGGAGAUUUGCAAACCCUACACCAGGCCAAGUACAUUCUAGGUAUUCAUAUUAAUUAGUAGUGUAGAGGUAGCUACAUACAUAACCUGAAUUGACUUUCUUGACGCAAGUGAUUAAAAUAAUGGGUUGUGAGUGCAGCUAUGAGUUGUUGUUGUUUUGUGUGUGUGUGUGUGUGUGUAUAUGUGUGUUUUUAAUAAAAAGUUAAUUGUUUAGAAGAGAAGACUGUCACAGUCUUAAGAGGAAUGUAUGUUUGUGACAGAAUAGAGAAGCCAAAUAAAACUUCUCAAGAAACGGUA